AUGGCUUCACCGCAAGCAGCUGCACCAGCACCAGCACCACCCCCUCCUCCCGUCUCCCAAACCGUUCCCUCUCCACCACCACCAUUACCAACAGCAGUUGUCCCCAAGGUGGAGGAGAAGAACCCAAGCGAUAAGGUCGAAGAAAAGCCUGACAGUUCACAUUUUAAGAUUCUUGACAGUGUGGAGUACAUUGACAAGUGCAAAAAAUAUGAAGCUGACUACACGCAACGCCUGAUGGCGAAGUAUUUCUCUAAGAAGGAUCUUUAUGGAGGCAACAUAUUUGAUGAGAAAAUGACAAUCGAUGAUGAGACAAUAAUGUCAAGCAGGUGGCCUUGUACUCUAUCAUUUGCAGACCCAGUGAAGAGUUUUGAGGAACAGAGCAACACCGGUUCAACUUCAACAUCAGAAGCCUGA